GAACGAACUAAUCGGUGCAACUUAAAGUCAAGACAUUAUCUCAACCUUAAAUUGUGAUAGUAACGAUAAAUUUAUACAAUUAACCUAAAGAUGGGAUAGCAAUGACAUGAAAACAAGCGAGCAAGUACAACAUUUCAAAUUUUAAUUUAGGCAGUCCCAUCAUUUCCACGAUAGUUGAAAGAGUAUCCGUUGGUAUAGCUAUAGAUCCAAGCCUAAGUAUAAGACAGUGUGAUUUGUUUUGGCGAUUCAAGAAAUGGGAAAUCAACGCGAUAUAUAUCAUCAAUGUUUAGCUGUAAUUCCUGUAUGCCUUCUGGAAUUUGCAAUGGCCCUGGCAUGCGGUUGGCUCGGCCCAAUGAUCAGAAUUUUCCUGGAAGAUCCAAACAGCGAGAUCAAAGCCACAGAAGAAGAAUGUUCUUGGAUUGCGAGUAUGCCAGGAAUCGGCAAAACAUUCGGUCCUGUUUUUUCAAUCCUACUAUUGGAUGUACUAGGACGUAAAAUCAUGAUACAAAUCACAGCCACCAUAUUCGCAGCUUCAUGGUUACCAGUUCUAUUCACUCGUUCAGUCAGCAUCUUAUGCGUCUCAUUUUUCUUUUUCGGUUUAGGAAUCGGCAUUAGCAACGGGGUAACGGCUGUUUACUUGGGAGAAAAUUGCUCCCCAAAAAUCCGAGGCAUUUUUUGCAGCGCUAGCGUCACAUCGUUUUAUUUGGCGGUUUUACUGCAAUACACAAUCGCAGCAUACUUAUCGUACAGCGCCAUUGCAACUGUAAAUUUCAUCUUGGCAUCUUGUGGUCUAAUUUCUUGCACAUUCUUGGCUGUCGAAACGGCUCAAUUUCUCAUGCUAAAAGGUCGUUUUGAGAAAGCUGAAUCAAACAUGAUGUGGUUGAGAGGAACUAAAAACAAAGACGACAUCAAUACCGAUUUUGAAAACAUCAAAGCGAACGUAGCAUCGGAGAAAUUGAAAAAGGCCUCGUACAGGGAGCUAUUUUUUGCACCAGCUAAUUUUAAAAGUUUGAUCAUAGUUCUCACAUUGAAUAUGGCUCAUGCAGCUACUGGCAAUGCAGCUUUAUUCACAUACAUCUCGGUAUUAUUUCCUCAGAAUGAUCACUUCACGUCGAAUCAAGUCACCGUGUAUUUUGGAAUCUCUCAGAUGACUUUUUGCCUCUUGGGUUCCUUCGUGAUUGAAAACGUCAACAGGAGAUCUCUCACUUUGUUCGCAUUUUCUCUUUUUCUCGUAUGUCAUUCGAUUUCUACGUAUUUCUUCUACGAUGCUGCCAAUAACGAGUCACCAUCUAAAUAUGGUUUAUGGAUAAUAUUCGCCAUGGUUUGUUUAUUUUCUGGAUUCAGCGCAGUGCUCGACUCAGUUGUGCAUAUGAUCAGAGGAGAGUUAUUUCCUCAAAGUAUUAGACCAAUUGGGGCUGGAUUUUCUAUAGCAACGAAUUCUCUUACACAUUUUUUUACCAUCAAAAUAUUUUUGAUGGUUAAAUCCCAAUAUGGCAUCUAUAUGAAUUUUCUUGGAUAUGCUGUCUGCAGUGUAGCCUCAUUUUGGUUUACUUAUUUCUUCUUACCCGAAACUCGUGGAAAAACUUUGAUUGAGAUCCAGAAAUCAUUAGAAAAACAGAAAUGAAAGUAUUCACUCAAUGAAGAAAAUUAAUGGUAAUUUCGAGAAGGAGACGAUAAUAUAAAUAGGUACUUUAGAAACCUACCUAUCAAUAAUAUCCUAUUCAUUUAAUGGAAUCGAUACCAGUUAUAUGUAUAUUUUCAUGUGCAUGUAGAUGAUCAAAUACACAUAAGUCAUAACUA